AUGAAUAUGCUAAGAAGAUUGACCAAAGUAAAGCAAAUCCAGUUCACCCAGUGGCCCUUCAUGGUGUUCCUGCCAAAGCUGCUGGGGAAAACUCAUAACACUGCCUUGGGAUGUGCAACAGCUGGGUCACAGGCUGUGUCUGAGAAACGGAGUGAAGCAGAGAACUUGGAUGCCCAUGAUGUUGCAAGAGCAAUUGAGUUACUGGAGAAACUGCAAGAAUCUGGAGAAGUACCAGUACACAAGCUACAGUCCCUAAAGAAGGUGCUGCAGAGUGAGUUUUGUACAGCUAUCAGAGAGGUGUAUCAAUACAUGCAUGAAACCAUAACUGUUAAUGGCUGCCCCGAAUUCCGAGCCAGGGCCACUGCAAAGGCAACAGUUGCUGCUUUUGCUGCAAGUGAAGGCCAUUCCCACCCGCGCGUGGUGGAGCUGCCAAAGACUGAUGAAGGCCUGGGCUUUAAUGUCAUGGGAGGAAAGGAACAAAAUUCACCUAUUUACAUUUCCCGCAUCAUCCCUGGAGGAGUGGCAGAAAGACAUGGAGGGCUCAAACGGGGGGACCAGCUGCUUUCGGUUAAUGGAGUGAGCGUGGAAGGAGAGCACCAUGAGAAGGCAGUGGAGCUGCUGAAGGCGGCUAAGGACAGCGUCAAGCUGGUGGUACGCUACACUCCCAAGGUGCUGGAGGAGAUGGAGGCUCGCUUCGAAAAACUGAGAACAGCCCGGCGCCGGCAACAGCAGCAAUUGCUCAUCCAGCAGCAGCAACAGCAGCAAAAUACACAGCAAAACCAUAUGUCGUAGGUUAUUCUCAAGAAAAAAAAAGCCUCGCUCAAGAGUUCAGUAAUCAAGCAACCAGAGCUGCACUUCAGUAUUCCAGCAAAAGGAAACAACUACAGGAACACAAAAAAGAAUUCACCUUUGUGAAGAGAAUGUGCAGUGCAAGAAUAAUGUAGUUAAGACAGCCAUAGGGAGGGUACCUUCAUGAUAAGGUUUUUCAGCACACGGCAGUCACAGGUACAUAGUACUUCUGGGACUCUAAUGAGAACAGCAUGAUAGGUAAACCCUAUGAAACAGAGCUCUAAGUCCAGGGCUUCCAAAUAAUUCUGUUUGAUCUAAUCUUGCACUCCUUACUCUGAGAAAUUGGCCAGUUGGCUUUCUCUAGUCAGUGAAAGUUUUGUUUUAAGGAGAUCAAGAUUGGCUGGUUUUGGGGACAGAAUCUUUCUCUACAGUUAUCUCCAGAAAUGAACAACUACAUCAGUUCAAAAUUUUGCCACAGACAUCAAACUCAUGCAUCACGCUUCAUAGCCACUUUGUACUAUAUAUUG